AUGACUGGUUCAACACUUACUGAUGCUGAGAUCAACCACUGGCAAGCCAAGUUCGAGUCUCUUACAAAGGGUAAUGGAAUGACUGCAGAGACCUUGAAGGAAAUCUACAAGACUGCCGGUAUCAAGGUUACUGAUGCUGAAAUCAAUUCUCAGAUCCGUGCUGCUGAUGCAAAGGGCCAUGGUAAAGUUGAUUUUGAUGACUUUUUAGCCGUCAUGACCAAGCAACACGAUACCAAUGCUGAAGAGGGUAUUCUAAAGGUUUUUGAUAUGCUUGAUACCGAUAAUGAUGGCCAACUCACUGGCGAGGAUUUAAAGCGCGGUGUUUCUUUGUUUGGCAAUUCUGUUACUGAGGCCGAUGUUGAAGAGAUGAUGGCAUCUGCAGAUGUUGAUGGUGAUGGUUUGAUCAACUAUGAAGAGUUCUUGAAAGUCAUGACGCCCUCCAAGGUCAACGGACAAUCUUUGUUUUAA